AGAACAAAAUGAAGGUGGUCGUCUUGGUGGUGGCCCUGGCGCUCGUCCUUGUGCCAACGAUGACUGCUGCGGCCAUUAUCAACAUUCCCUGUUGUUCGCUGACAUUGGUCAAGACCUUGCUGGCUCUGGCAUCGUUCGGAGACGAGAUCGUGCUCGCCGACGGGACGUACACAGGCUGCGGCUCGGGAAUCACCAUUGGGGUCGGUGGUCUCGUCAUUUCACCGCUUACACCCUUUGGCGUCAUCUUUGAUUGCUCUGCCGAUCCGCCGCCUUCGCGUGCCCUCAUUCUUGACAAUUCCGAUGCUGUUCUUCACAACGUCAUCUUCCGAGGUGCUCAUCUCAUAGGCUCGGGCAUGGGCGAGAUGGGCCGUGGUGCCGGUCUGCUUGUUCGUGGCGGCUCGCCACGCCUGGUCAAUCUCCGCUUCGAGAACAAUGUCAUCGCCACCACUGGCGAUGCUCUUGCUGGUACCGGCGCUGGUCUGGCGUUGUUUAACUCGGCCGCCACCAUCGAGAAUUGCACAUUUGUCGGCAACUCGGCGUCGGUCGCCGGCGCCGCGCUCGCUAUUGAUGGCGUCGCCUCCUCGAGCGCGGAUCCGGUCACGAUCCGCUCAUCAACGUUCUCGGCCAACUCGGCCGGAUACGGCGCGGCCAUCCUCGCCACCGCCUCGUCGCCGGCCGCGGUCUCUAUCGCCCAGACUGUCGUCCUCGACAAGCUGCACAUUUCUGCCAACUCGGCGUCGGGUGCCUCGGCAGACCGCGGCGGCGCCGUCGCUUUGGUCGGCACCCGCGCCGCAGUCUCCAACUGCCACUUUGAGGGAAACUCUGCCCCAGGCCCGGCUGCUGCCGCGGGUGCCUCUUCCGGCGCCAUCGCCUCUUUUGCUGCAUCCACCUUUGUGCACAACACCGGUGGUGCGCUCGGCGCCUUUACCGACGCCGCCGUCACCGGUGGAACCCUCAACAUUACUGGCAAUUCCUCCCCAGGCUCCGGCGCCGGCAUCCACGUCGCUUCAGCGGCUCUCUCACUCACCCAAUCGGAGCUGGUGGGCAACACCGCCGACAGCUACGGUGGCGCUAUCCACCUGACCGCCACCUCUGCGGCGCAGCAGGUCUCGCUCACCAGCUCGCGGCUGGAGCACAAUGCCGCUGCUGCCGGCGGCGCCCUCGCUGUCGUCGAGGCGCAGAACGUGGUCGUCUCCGACCUCGCUUUGCCCACAACUCGGCCAGCGGACCCGGUGGCGCUGUCGCUGUUACACCGCCUGCCGCCUCGGGCGCUGCCACCGCCUCCGACGUCACCAUCUCGGCCUCAGUUCUGGAGCACAAUGUCGCAGGCGGGGCGAUUGGCGGCGGUGGCGUGUAUGCUCGCCUCGCCACGUUCCGCGUCUCCAACACCACGCUUGGUUCCAACCAAGCAAGCGGCGGGUCUGGCGGUGCGCUCGCGCUCGGCGCAGGCAGCUCCACUCAGCUGACCGCCGUCAACGUCACCGCCAACGUGGCAAGCGACUCCGGCGGCGGGCUGGACGUCCGGGUGGGCGCGAGUCUGAGUGUCGCCGACAGCUCGGUUGCGCCGAACGACGCAAGUGGUGGCUCUGGCGGCGGCAUCCAUGCCGUCGGGGCCGACUCGAUCGUCGUCGAACGGGUGGCGGUGACUGGCAACAUCGCAGGCGGUACUGAUGCGGCCGACGGUGGCGGUGGCCUUGCCCUCGCCUCGUGGACUGCGGCGACUACCAAAGUCUCCAGUUGCACGUUUGAGGGCAACACGGCGGCUCGCGGUGGCGGAGCGCUCAUCGGGCCAUCGGCCAUCGCCCACAACUCGGAGCCGGUCCUCGCGCUCAACAUGUUUUCCCGAAACUCGGCGGCUGCCGACGGCGGCGGACUCGAGUUCCGUUCGGUGACCGGCGCCAUGGCCGUGACCGGGACUACGCUCGAAGACAACGUGGCCGGCGGCUGCGGCGGCGGGCUGGCAAUGACCAACGCCGGACCCGCGCUCCAGCUCGACACCUCCCGUCUCGCCCGCAACGCUGCUGCCAACGGCGGCGGCGUGUGCGUCCGCGCCACCGGCCCAAGCCUUGCGCACGCCUCGCUGGCACACAUCACAGUCGAGGGCAACAGCGCGAGUGGGCUCGGCGGCGGCCUCGCACUCCUCGCUGGUGCCAACGUCACCAUCAUUGGCGGGAGUGUGACUGGCAACACGGCGCCGCGUGGCGGCGGGCUGCACGCCGGCGGUGGCGGGCUUGUUGCGUACCUCACCUUUGCGCGCAACGCACUCGCCGAGAACAACCCUGCGGUCCGUGGGUCGGGUGCCGACGGAGGCGCGAGCACGGCUGGAUCGGGCGGCGCGGCCGUCUCUGCCGAGCGGUCGCCGUCGUCGGGCACGCGGCUGAUGCUGCGCGGGCUAGUGGUGGAAGAGCACGUGUUCAGCGGAUCACAGUCGAUCAUCCGCCUCGGGACCAACGCGUCGGUCGACCUUGUCGAGUCGCGGCUGGCCAACAACCGCGCGCCGACUGCAGGCUCUGCCGUUGUCUACGUCGGUCCGUCGUCCGAUUCGACGCUAUCGAUGGUGACUAUUUCGGAGAACUACGGCACAGCGCUGCUGCUCGGCGGGACGUUGGGAGCCGGUGCUGCGGCCAACAUCCACUUUGUGAGCAACAACGGCAGCACUGCUGGUGCCGGAAUCGCGUGCAUUGAGACUGGCGAGCCGGCGGGUAUCGUGCUGACUGGCUCGUCGCGGCUGUGUGGCAACGUGGUGCUCGGCCUGGCAAACGUGACCCACCAACAGGUGAGCCCGACAUGCAUGGCCGGCGCAGUUGUCGACGCCACCGGCGACAGCGGGCUUUUUGAUUGCCCAGCUACCUGUGGCAACGGCAUCAUCGAGGACGGCGAAGACUGCGACGACUACAACCUGAUCGCUGGCGACGGCUGCGCCAAAUGCGCGACAGAGUCUGGCUGGGAGUGCGCAGGCGGCUCGACGGGCGAACCGUCGCGUUGCGAACUCCUGCCGCCGGCAGCGGUUGGCACCGCGGCGGCGCUGGCGUCGGCGGCCGACCCUGCGUCGUACACCAUCGCAAUCGUGACAGUUAUCUUUGUCGCGCUCGCAAUCACCACCCUCAUCAAGCGCCGCAAGGUGCUCAAGGUCUCGAGUCUCGACUCGGAGCGGAUGGACGGGCUUGUUCCAGCCCGUAACGUGUGGGCAAAGCUCCGAGCGACGCACGCGGUCGUGGGCAUGCUGGUCAUGCCACGCGGCUCGGCUGAUCCGUACUCGCGCGGCGGGCGGUUGGUGGCGCUGGCGCUGUCAUCGGGCGCCAUGCUCGUCGCCGUCGUCACCGUUCCACUCACCAACGCCUCUCACUUUGCACAGGUUGCGGAGACUACCGGCGGGCGGAUCCUUGUGUUUAUCGCCUCGCUCUUUGUCGGCUGGGCGCUCUCGCUCGUCUUUGGCACACCGGUCAUGCGGGCGCUGCUCCGGUCGCGAAGCGCACGGUUGGAGCGGCUUCGCGGCCUUGUGUUUGUGGGCGGCAUUGUGUGCGCCGCGGCCGAGUUUGCCUUUGCGCUUGUGGUCAUGCUCGCCGGCUCUGUGGUCGGCGUGGCGGCGUCGUACAGCGAGCGGUUCACAACCUCGACCAUCCUCGGGUCGUGGAUCGGGUGCCUCCUCGUCCGGUGGGUGAUAUUUGACACCGUUGCUGCCUUUGUUCAGUUUUACAUCUGGCGUGACGUCAUGGUCUGGCCGGUGGCCAAGCGGCACGUGGUGGCGGUCCUCUCGACCAACUCGUCUGGAGGUUCGUCGUCGUUGAUCACGCCUGCGACUUCUGGCAAGAGGCGGGGUGUCUCCAUGCGCGAGCUUCCCACGCAAAGUACCUCGGAGUAUGUGCCGUCGACGCCGAUGGACUCGUCAACGCGGCCGUCGCUCUCGAGUCUAUUUGACGUCGAGGCUACCACUGUGAGCGGGGGUGAGCAGGGUCAAUGAAAGAACAGACUGGGGCUUGUUUGCUAACUCAAUCGCCACCCACGGUAAACUUGUAGCCACCCUGAUCACCAAAGAGGGCAGCAAUCUUGGCGUUGUUCGGGUUGACAGCCGGCUUGAACUCGUCGGGGAUGUGGUCCCAAACGAUGCGGCCGAGGACGGGCGCGGCAAUCUGGGCCGGGUGGAACGAGUCGACCGGGUUGAUGAGCGUGUAGUGCUCUGAAGGUGGGAGGGUGUCAAAGAGGUCGUUGAUGAGGGUGGAGAAGGAGAUGUAGGUCAUGUCAAAGUUGGCGUAGUUGCCCGAGACGUUGGCAACGAGGGCCUCCAGCGUGGACGAAAGCAGGUCGGCAUGGGCCUGGGUGGCGGCGCGGAUGGAGGCGUUGGUGUUGAGCCAGCCGGC